CCGUAUUGCAAACCGGCCGGCCUGCCUCUGCCCGUCUAAUGCCUAAAUAGCGGUGCGUUACUACGCAAAUACAAGCACGUAGUCCAUUCUGUCUGCAAUGCUCGAGAAAAUGCUGGAAAUAUCCAGUUGGUCUGCAGGCCAUGGACAUACUCCGAGCGUAGCUAUAAAACUCAACAUGAGUAACAUUCACGACGGAAAUAAUUUUACUGAUGAGCAUGGGAAAAUGGCGGAUCAAAAUGUACUCGAGGAUCCGGAGGAGUCUUGGAAGAGGGAUUUACUCAACGAUGUGGAGGAGGAUGACAAGAGAAACUCUCAUUUGUAUGAUAAACAUCAGAUGUCCAAAAGGAGCCAUGCUGCCAUGUUACCACCUAUUGACAUAGCCCGCUGUUCUAAACAUAAUGGUAUCCAAGAUGAGUCUUCUGGAAGUGAACAUGGCUUUGGAGAACUCCAAGAUGGCGAACCCAUCUCACCAGAUGCCACGGUCUCCUCUCUUGGCGUUGUAUCGCCUUCUAUUACCUCACCGACGAGUAGUACGUCCCCAAAUGGAGGUAUCAGUUGUCGUAAGUCCUCCAUCAAGGACAGCUCUAAGACACCAGAGACCCCCGGCCGUAAAUCGGUCAGAUUUGCAGACGCCCUUGGCCUCGAUCUUGAAGUAGUGCGAAACAUUUUGGAGUCCGAAUCCCCACCGGACUACCCAUCCAUGGCUCUGGCCGCAUGCUCAGCGGUCUUCACGGACGAUGAGACCGGCGGAAACACGGUGACCAUCCUACCUCGAUAUCUCAGCAUGUCAUUCGUCCAACCAGGCGGGCAAUCGGACUUCCUGAACCGCGUCUACAAACAGCUAGUAUGCCUCGAGAAUGCCGUAGUUUCGGAUUUCACAGUGUUGGGAACGAUCAAAGUUAGGAAUAUCUCCUAUCAGAAGACCGUCAAGAUCCGAUAUUCGGCAGACAGGUGGAAAACUUUCGGUGAUAUUCCAGCUCUGUAUGUUUUGAAUUCUUGUGAUGGUCCCACGGAUAGAUACUCAUUUGGUUUAUCGGCACCUCGGGAUAUGAAUGUAGGUGACCGGCUUGAAUUCUGUAUCUGUUACAAAGUUAAUAAUAAUCAAGAGUUCUGGGACUCAAACUUUGGUCAGAAUUAUAGUUUGUUAUGUCACGCACACGGGGACGCAGUAGACGAUGAAAACAAAGCACUUUGGACGCUCUUCCGGAAUUCAUAAAAUAUUUUAAAUGCAAAAUAUGUAAAAAAAAAUUAAUUUUUAGUUUUGCCAAAAAUAACCAACUCAAUAUUGAGUCCUAACGUUGUCAGUAUUUUUUUUUUUUUUUUCCAUUUAUCGAAUUCUGCUGGCUAUAAUAAGGUGGAGUGUUUUAUUUAUGCAAAAGGCUUGCGGUGAAAGGGUAAAAAAACAUGAUUAAUUACAAAAUGAAAAUUUAAUAAGGUACACAUGAUGCUGUUAUCUUCAAUAUAAAGUUCUCUUUGCGAAAGCAAAGAGUGCAAACGUUGCUGUUGUUGGUUACAAAACAAAAUGCAUUUCUGAAAAAUUUACAAAGCUAUUCUUUCUUGAAAAUCGAAUCUUUUUUAUUGCGAUCUUUGUUUAAAAAAGAGCUUCUUGUUGUUAAGAAACCCUAGUUGUUAAUAAUAAUCAUUACAUACAGAAACUAUGUGAUAUUUAUUAAUGAAGUAAUGGCCUUCAUUCAUUGCGGUCAUGCACAAUGAUUUUUAAUGUGCUUGAGUAGACAGAGUCAUUAUUCACAAUGCAUGUACUCACAUGCACGUGUACUUCUUUGUUCUGAUUGUCUAUAUUAUAUGAAAGUGAACUGCACGCAGGGUCACUUUUCAUAAACACCCUCAUAAUUCAGAAACCAAACCAUACUUUUGUUAAAGGCACUGGACACUAUUGGUAAUUACUGAAAAUAUUUCUUUGCAUAAAAUGUUAUUUGGUAACAAAGAAUAGAGAGCUGUGAUAGUAUAAAACAUUGUGGGAAACGACUCUCUCUGAAGUAACGAUAGUUUUUUAGAAGAGAUAAUUUCUCACUCAAUUAAAUUAUUAAAAGACAAAUGCCUUUUUUGUAUAGGCAUCUGCAAGCACACACAUUAAUGUGCAACAAGGGUGUUUUUUAUUGCAACUUCGGCGACCAAUUGAGUCAAA